AUGGCUGGACAUGUAGAGGAUGCUCCUCUAGGACGGGACGCCUACGUUCGUACCACGCCAUUUAGUGACAAACAUCUUCUGGUAGCCAAUCGAGUUGCACUCCCUCCUCCACGGACGAUUUGGCCAAUUGGACAACCCACAGCUACUCUGAGCGUGGAACAAUGGGAUGUUGAACACACCACAGACGUCUACGGAGAUCCAGGCUUUCUGACUUCCUUGAACAAAUUGCAGAAGCUGGGUAUGGAGCACACAAUGGAUUCAUGGACUUACGAAGACCGCAGAGUGGCGCAGAAUAUCUUGCCGUUUCUUUUCUUGGGCCCUGUUAGUGCUGCAAAAGACCCUGAUUUCAUCAGGAGAGCUGGCAUCACCUUGGUGAUUGCCAUGCGAAGCAGCGCUGCUGUCAAAACAAGACCCAACUUCCUCCACCCAAGCACGGUGCCCUCAAUGGCAGGCCUACAAACGAUGACUUGCGAUGCUGAGGCUUCGUACGACCUCUUUCCGAAGCUGCGUCCCACGAUUAAAGGCAUGAAUGACCAUCUGCAAGCCACCUGUAGCAGGAUGCCAAUUCAAGCUGCAUCUGAUGUCCGUGGCAGGAUUUUUGUCUAUUGUGAGUCUGGGAACGGAAGAUCGGCGAAUUUGAUCGCGGCGUACUUGGUUGCAGUGUUUGGAGUCAGUGCCAUCUCAGCGCUUCAGGUCGUUCAGUCACGGCGUUUCUCAAUUGCCCCGGAUGAUGCAGCCAAACAAAUGUUGGUGAACUUUGAAGGGCUGGUUGAGGCAGAGCGCCAGGUUUCAGGAGUAGACGCUGUGAGCGUUGCCAAGUCGCUCAGUCGCCAAAACGAAAAUACCCCGGGCCCAGCAUCCCGGCCUGCGAAAAGAGGUUACCACGAGUUCGACGACUCAGACGUUGACAUGGAUGAGUCAAAUGAGGUGGAAACCAUAACUAGACAAGGGAUCGCUCCAUAUGCAGAUUCUUACGAUUGA